AUGCCGUUCAUUUCGAAGGAUUGGCGUUCGCCGGGAGAUUUCUGGGUGAAAACCCAGGAAGGCUGGGAAAAGAAGAAGGUGAUGGAUUGUGUCAAGCUUAAAAGCUGCAACUCGGAGUGUAGCGGCGGCAGUGACUCGGAAAUCGAAAAUGAAAACAGUGACAACGAAGUACCUCCCCACUGUCACAUUACGCUCAAGUGCACCCGCGAAAUAGCUGGCUUCAAUGGGCUUGGUGAGGCUGUCCGCAGGCUGGAUUUUCGUAGUUCGGUACGCGAUGGCCGCCGGUUUAAUUACGUGUGCAGUUUGCUCCGUUUGCUCGUUUCCGGGAAAGGCAUCACAAGCCUGCCCGGUGGUGCUCAGCGACAACUGUUGCAGAUGCUGGAGGAUGUCGCCACUCAGGUGAGCGUUUCGCAGCAAAACAUCAACGUUCUUCGUGGGCUGGUGCUGCAACUUGGAGCCCUGCUGAACCAGGAGAACCAGAAGUGUUGGGGAAAACCACUGGGCAGCCAGAGCCUGUGGGCCGAGCACGUGCAAACCAUCCAGCGUAUUCAGGACAUAGCUAGUCAGAUUGAAAUUAAGCAGCCCGGUCCAAAUAUUCGUCCAAAACUACACGAACUGCCCGAAGAGUGCGUGCGAGAAAUUAUACUAAGAUUAACCGAUUACAAGGACUUGGAAGCUUCCGCGUCGGCCUGGUCGCUAAUGGCAGCAUUGAUCUCGGAACAGCGCGUGUGGCGCAAGCUGUCGCAUUUCCACUUUACCAAGCAGCAAAUCGAUGUGAUAUUAGAGAAGAUGUGUCUGCAGGAUACGAAGGAGCGCCAUCUAAACUGGCAAGCGAUUUACCACGCCUUGAGAAAAACGUACGGAGUGCCAGAGGAUCUCCAGUACGCCGAAGUUUUGGCCUUCUGUCGGCUUUGCCGCUGCCUGUUCUGGCCCUCGGAAGGGCAUCCUUGCAUCGUCGAUCAGUGUCCGGAUUUUCGUCAGCGCGUGCUGGAGGCCGGGAACAGUAACAACAACGAAACGCAGCCAGUUCCGCCGGCAAAGUUUUUGCAGUACUUUUCGUUGUAAGAUGAUGAAGUGGUGGCCGAGGUCGAGGUCUGCGUGGGGGCUCCCUUUUUUUAGGAAGAAGUUGAGGCUGAUUUCAUUGCUUAAAUAUUGAAGUUUUACUGCUAAAUCAUUGGUACAGUUGAAGCAGGGAGAGCAGGUUUGAAUUCCUAUGACAGAAUUUAAGUGAACUAAAUAUUCUGAGUUGUGUCAAGCAGAAAUUAGCCCAACUGAUAAAACCGAAAGGCUCGAAAGGCGAGCAAUGUUCGAAAUACUAUUACAGUUCUAUCACUAAACAUGUGAAGGAUAAACACAGAUCAUGGAGACCGCAGCCUCUUCCCUAACUAUAAAUUUUAUACAUAUAUUUUACUAUACAGCGAACCAAUAAUGAAAGCAUUA